CAAGAUACCCGUCAAAUCAUUCUGCCAUUCGUCGACUCUCAGUCACAGCUGUCGAUCAGACGAAAUAUAGUUAUGCAGAAACUUAACAGAGCUUACCAAAGUCUUCUUGGACCUUUGCGUCUCUCUAUGAAGGAUAUAUCAACCAGUCUGAACACUCUGGUGAAGAGCUUUCAUCUGAGCAGCACUAAUGUAGUCUUGAGACCCGCUGAAUUGACACUGAUGGCGGUGGUACUCCUGCUCAUGUUAUCCAAAAUGGACAGUCACCUACAAGAUCAUUUAUCUACAGCUGCUGUUACCACUUACCUGUCAACCAUUCUUCAACAAGUUGGCACAAACAUGGACGAUGUGAUGCUUAUAUUGACAAGUCUGCAGUACUAAACAGUUAUGAUUAGAC